AUGGCGGUCUACGAGGUAUUCGCUCACCCGGAGCUGAGGCGAUACAAGACCCAUUUGUGUACUAAGGCCACACUGUUGAUGUUUGUAGUUUUGUUUGUAACAUUUAUUCCACCAUUGUUCGUCGUGUACAGAAGUUACGGUUUCUGGAUCAAAGAAGAUUACUACAGAGAAACGCCCCGUGUUUUAUUCAAGAAGGAACUGAUCUUGGUUUUAGAAUUAGAUGAUACAUCAAAUGCCGGUUUAAGCUACCUGACUUAUUCUACCUAUCAGAGAUACAAUGAAUUACAGCAACAGAAUCUAAGGGUCCCUGUCAUACAGUCCAGAGAAGAUGAUGCCAAUGGAGAUGGGAAGAAUGACGGCCUUAUCAUGAAAAUAGAAAUGCCACUAUUGGACCAAGAACGUGUGUCAGGCAUCAAACUUCUACUAUUCUUUGAUUACCGACUGGAGAGGUUUUCUUCAUUUGGAAUGGAGUCCUUAGCAUAUGUUACACAUGAUUCCAUAAAAUCUGGAGCUAAGUAUGAAGUUUUCGGUGAACUACGCAUCAAACAGAAGCAAGCACUUGAUCACAAAGGGCUAGAUACCCGGUUCAAUUCCUCCCUUGUGGACUCCACCAGUGCGUAUGCUGAGGCCUAUCAGUUCUCCACCAUCUUUAGCAACUAUGCACAAAGAAAUGUGACUACCGUCCUGAAUGCACCGUACAGUGUGUGGACAUCUGGACGUGGUGCUGGUCAGCCGUUUGUCUUCAGCAGCAACAUUUCCUACACAGAGGAUGUCUUCCUAUAUACACCAGGUUUCUGGUAUAUGGUGAAGUGGGGAUGGGUACAGUAUGUGUCUGUACUGCUGCUGUUCCUGUUUGUCUUCGAUCGCAUCAAAGUCUUCAUCUUCCAGAACCAGCUUGUGACCACCAUUGUAGAGAAACCCUGGAAGGCGGACAAGUUUUCGUGAUAUUUGCUAUAAUUUUAGAUAUUUAAUUAAUUAAAUCAGUGCUCACACUAUGUCAGUAACAUUAAUUUGACAAAAUCCUGAAUUCUUUAAAGUUUGUGGUGUACUAAAAUGAUCCAGCAUAAAUGUUAUAUACAAGUACUAUGAAAAGGUGGUAAAAAUAUUUAAGAUUGUAUUGCAGUGUAAAACAAGAUAAAAAUUUACUUUGUUCCCUGAAAUGUCCAUUAAUUUUGAUAGGUUUUAUAUUAUGUCGAAGUACAGCUUCCUUUUAAACAAAACUUUGAUAAUGAGAUUUGGAUUGACUUUGUGGAUCUAUUGAAUUGUCAAGGACUUUUAUCAUAUUUCUUAGAUAAAAAAUGCAUGGCGGAUAGCUGUGUGAUAUUGUUGUAAUGAGGAAUUCUUUAAGGUUACAAAAGAUGACAUGAAACAUUCUGUGAUGACAUUUUAUAUCAUUAUGAAGCUGUGAAUAGAACUUACAGGUCACACAUGUGGAAUCUUAGCUGGUGUUUUGGUAGAGCACAUUGGUAGAUGUCAGUGAUAUGUAAAUUUGUUAUUGUGUCGACAGACAUAUGUAUUGCACCUUAAAGUCAGAAGAACUGUAAUACAGGUAGUAAUCAAAACUUUUAACAACCAAAUAUUAUACAGUACAAGUUGAUUAAAGCUUACUUAUAAAGAAAAUAAAUUUACUUUCUAACACACAUGAUGGAGAUUUUACAAAUAACCAUUGUUAUAAAAAUGUCACUGACUACAAAGUUAUCUUUCUUUGGUUGUACAUGUACAUCAAAACCACAGUGUUAUUAUCUUUUUAUUUUAGCUUUGGUUGAAAUCGGAUGUGACUGUAAUAUAAGGUAUUAGCUAGGUUUAAGAGACUGUUUCCUAUUUUCUUAGAUAAACUUGAUUGAGAAAGUGUCAUUCUUGUAUAUUCACCUCGUAUUUGUAGGUGAUUGAACAGUCACAACGUCAAAGUCACUUAACUGUGUUCUAAAAGAGUAAGUUACAUGCUAUUGUUGUGCCUAAGAUAUUAUCAGCAUUGGACAUUGCAAAUUUUACUUUUCCAAGAAUGAUGUUCUUCUAAUAGUCAAUACCCCAUGGAUGUGACAUACAAUAUUUAUUCAUUCCAAAUCAUACUUGUGAUAUAAUUUCACAUUUUCCAUCAAUGCUUUUCUUCUGAUCAAGUGUUUGGUAGUUUAGAAGCGCUAGUAUUUUUUUUAUCUGUUGAUCUGAUGAGUUUAUUCUAAGGUACAAACAAUGGAUAUUUAUCAGUUAAAGCUUGUAGACUAUUACAGUUAAUUUUGAUGGAGGUUGUGUUGUUCCAGUUAGUAGGACAUGAUAUUAAUAUAAUCCAUGAAUUUGACACAGUACAACUGAGGUAUGUGUAUUUAAAUUGUGAGGAAACAAUAUCUACUUGUAAGCUUUAGAUAUUGUCGUUUACUCUCAGCAAGUGAAAGAGAGGGAGACAGAAGGGGAGAUAGAGAGAAAGAGAGAGAGAGAAAGAAAUGGAGGGAGAGAGAAAAAAACGGGGUGAUUCUUAAAGAAUGUUUUGUGAAUCUUGAGAUUUCUUGUCUGUUUGAUUAUUUUUGUUUAUUUUGUAUGUAAUAUUGGUAAGGAUUGCUGUCUAUGCAUGAAUGAGUAACCUCCGUCCAAUACUGUGAGUUGGUGAUUUUAUAUCAUUAAGUUAUUUGAAAGGGUAUAUGUGUGUUGACAAUGUGUAUACAGAUAUACAGAAAGCUGCCACCAAUUAUUUUCCUUUAAAAAUAGUGGAUUGGACUGGCAUCAUUAGAGUGAUCAAAAGUAAUUUCAACUUGGUAUUGUGACAAUAUUUGAACCAAAUUGAUUGGCCUAUUUCCUCUCACAGCUUCAGUAAUUGAAUUUCAUGGUUUAGAAACUAGAGCAUUCUGUUACUAAUGUUGGUGUUUGGUUUUUUGGGACCUGUUAUUUAUGAAAAGCUGUAAACCUUGGGAUAAAAUAAGAUAUCAUCAGUCCUAUUUCAAUGUAGAGUAUUUAUCAUUGGCAUGUUAUCAGUACAGAAUGAAGCGUGAAUGAUUCUGGUUAGAUUUGUAAUCAUGUACACAUAUUUUAAUAUCAUUUGUAAUAAAAACAAUAAAUUCAAAUUUUUUUUGAAAA